AUGUCUCUCCUCGCUAAGACCGUUGUCAUUGCUAGCACUUUGCCUGCUCUCGUGCAAGGCAGCAAGAUCUCUCUGGCUAGCCGACAGACCCUCAACACCACUUGCGCUGACAUCCACUACUUUGAAGCCCGAGGCACAACUUUGUCGUAUCCCGGAAGCUUGAUCACGGUCAUUGACCCGCUCAUGGAGGCCUUUCCUAACAGCAAUUACGAGGAUAUUGUUUACCCAGCCACGGACGAGUCUGGGAGUGACAGCUACUUUGUUGGAGUUCGCGAUGGCGCCAAGCAGAUCAUCUCUUAUGCAGAGGCUUGCCCCGAAUCCAAGAUCGUCUUGAUGGGAUAUUCUCAGGGCGCCAUGGUUCUUGGAGAUAUCUUGGCUGGCGGUGGUGAUGGCAAUGUCCUGGGCAACUACACCAAGCCUCUGGUUGAUGCUCGCACUGUUGGAGACCACAUCGCGGCGAUCUUGCUGUACGGCAACCCCCGACACAUGCCGAAUCAGACCUACAAUGUUGGCAACGCUUCUAUGUUUGGUGCCACCGGCAAAUAUCCUCGUACCGCUGGACAACUUGCCUCCUUCAACGUUUACGCCGACAGAGUCCACGACUACUGUAACUACCAGGACGGAGUAUGCGAUGCCAGCGGGAGUAAUCUCACCGCGCACAUGGCGUAUCCUUCGGACUACGACACCCAGGCAAUUGCUUGGCUGAAUUCUAAACUUAACGCAAACUGA